AUGCACAUCUUUCUGGCUCUUCUCUAUGUCUCUCUUGUAGCGGCUCCUGGGAGCUCAAGUCUUCCAACAAAUGGAGGAUCCAUCAGAAAUUCCAUACACAGCAUAAUAAACAUUGCUCAGAUAACACUGGUGCACAUUAAGAAACUACAGACAAGGAUGCCGGUGUCUCAACAGAUAGAAACCAAAACUCCUUCCAUUCAGGGACUAACUAGUAUCAGCCAUGAUCUUGGACUUUUGGAUAAUGAUCUGCGGAGCCCUCUCACGGAGCUCUUCAUCCAGAUCCAGGCCGAUGUCUCCAGCUUGGAGGGACGGGUGCGCUCCCUCGCGCUGACAAUGGACUGUCCCAUCGCGGCCAGACCCGGAAGAGAGCCCAGCGACAAUUUGUUCCCCGACAGUCAACAUCACCUGACUCUGACCAAGGCGCAGCACUACCUGGAGGAGUUUCUCCUCCACAAGGACAAACUCAAGGUCUGCUGA